AUGGCAGCGGUCGAGGAUUUCAUCCUGUUAGGGGUGGGCUUGGCAGUCAUUGGCUUGCGAAUGUAUCUUCGCAUCAUAGCGGUCGGAUGGAGAGAUAUCAAGCCUGAUGACUACUUGAUAGUCUUGGCAGGGCUUGUAUACUGCGGCCUUUCGACAUCUACAUAUAUCGGACUUGACAAAUACGGUGGUCUCUCGAAUGAUGGGAUGACUGACGAACAGCGUGAGACGCUUGAUCCUAGAAGCAAGGAAUACACACUAAGAGCUUCCGGAGCUAAACUCGAAAUCGUGUCCCGAGUUCUAUAUGCGACAGUCUUAUGGUUGACGAAAGGAUCCAUGCUGGCAUUCUACCGUCGCCUCACGGAACGAUUCGGACAAUACGAGACCCGCAUACGUGUUGGAUAUGCUAUCCUCGUAGUUACAUGGUUGGCCGACCUCCUCAUUACUCUACUUAGCUGCAGACCGUUCCGCGCGAACUGGCAGAUAAACCCUGAUCCAGGUGGAACAUGUCAUCCAGCUACUUCGCCGUAUAGCCUGUUUGGUACGCUUAGCUUCAAUAUCAUCACUAGCUUGUACGUGUUCUUUGUGCCACUCCCGAUCUUAUGGAUGGCCAAUAUCGAAAUGUGGAAGAAGCUGGGGCUCAUUCUGUUGGUCUCAGCGGAGUGCUUCGUCAUCGCGGUCGCUAUUCUUCGUGGAUACCUGAUUACUGCGACCCCCAUGUCUGGUGCUAGACAGGCUAGUCGAUGGGCGUACCGAGUCUCUUUUGUCGCGAUUGUCACGACGAACCUUCCGCUCUUCUUCCCACUACUAUGGCGAUUCGUAGCAUUAAUGGUUACGGUAAAGCCACACGUACGACACAUAAAAACAAUUACAACGUUCGAGCGCACGAGGUUAACGGGUCGGGGACAUGGCGAUCACCGUCUGGCGGGCACUCAAAACACCUUCACGAACUCGAGCGGCUCGUGCCCUAGUGAUCAAUUGGGCAUGGGGGAUCUCGGGGUUGACCUUGAAAGUGUUCUUUCUACCGAUGGCCGAUACCGUAGAAGUACAGUGGUGUCUAUACAAGAAGAUAGAAUUGGACCGUGGGUGGAAGAAUCAUUUUGGCGAACCACUGCGGCGUAUCAUCACGUCUGCGCGCAUAUUAGACGCGAGUCGUCGAAUGUCUCAGGAUAUAAUGAAACUUAA